UGGCGCGUCAACCACCAGCAACCAUCUGUUCUAAUCCGAAUCAACCUAUUAUCCACAAUCCGCAUCAACCCACCGUCCACAAUAUUAGUAUUGUACUGCUUCAAUACCCACAUUAGAUUCUGCCAUAAAACCGCCAUUUUAAUUUCACUGUUGGUCACUCGUCACUUCAACCCUGCUACCAAUAGCACCUCCAUAACUUAGGACCAGUGGUCAGCCGGUAUAAUGGCACACAACUCGGAUACUAUUCCUCGUAAAAUGGGCAACUACUGGUUAGAAGACCGACUUGGGUCAGGCUAUUCGGUACGCUCUAUCUUCAAGGCAUAUCACAUUCACGAUGGCACUUUCGUUGCGCUCAAAGUACAAGACGUCGACCACGAGUGCCCAACAAAUCGCUAUGAGCAAGCCAUCUAUCCUCUACUGCAAGGAGGAGAGGGCAUGCCUCGGUUAUGGGCGAGCGGUAUAGAGGGAAAGUGGCAUUAUCUGGUCAUAAGUCUCCUCGGAAAGAGUCUGGAGAGUAUCUACCGACAAAAUCUGCAAUGGGGGAACCCGAGGAUGGAUCUUCGCAGUGUAUGCUCUAUCGCGAUCCAGGUGAUCGCACGCUUGCAGAUCAUGCACAACCGUGAAGUUCUGCAUCGCGAUAUACAGCUUGGGAAUUGUGCUAUCGGAUUGACACCUGAAAAAGAAACCAUCUAUAUGAUCGACUUUGGGUUUUCUAAACGCUAUAUCGAUCCGCACACGCGGCGGCAUAUUCCAGACUCAAAGCAGAAGAGAGAUUUCUUGGGCAACUACUGGUUUACGUCUGUUAACGUGCAUUGUAAAGGCAAAGUACCAUCUAGGCGAGAUGAUCUCGAGGCCGCCGCACUGAUGUUCAUACAUCUUCUUACGCCUGGAGGACUCUCGUGGACACGGAACGGUAUACCGAAAACCGACUCAGCGCAUGAUCGCAUCAAGCGAGCGAAAAAGAGUGCUCGCCCUGAAGACCUGUGCAAGGGAAUACCUUCUGAGUUCGAAGAGUUCCUGCGGUAUUGCAGACGGCUGAAGUUCUUGACUGACGAGUUCCAGGCUCUCGCACAGGACAGUGGCUUCACCGAUAUUGAGCGCUUUAUCUGGCCACCACCGCCAGUUCCCAAGGCUCAACCUCAAGUCGCACGGCCUGCUCCUACACGGCCCACGAUUGAUGCAGAUGAGAUGGAGAACGUCCUGAAUGACUUGGCUAAGCUCCAGCUCAACCCGCCUCGCCCAAUACUUGGGGACCAAACUAAUGUCCCUGCCGCUGCGCGAAAAGAUGAUGCCAAAAAGCCGAGCGAAAUCAUAUCCGUAAGCGACAGCUCCGAGGACGAUAGAUUGAAGCCAAAUGGCCAACCCCUUCCACCCCGCACUCCCGUACGAACGAAGAAAGCCAGUCAGCUGCAGAAACUCAAGCUUUCGGUCCUUGAUUCAACGGAUAACGCUGCUCUUGCAGUUGCCGUGGAAGAGUUCACGAAAUUCCUGCAACUGGGCUCAAGGACGCUCACUAAAGAGGGUUUCGCCUUCCUGGAUGCGCUGUACAAACAGCUUGCAGACCCUUCGAUAUUCGUACACCCGCUUCGGACUUUACGAAGUGCUAAUCGAGAGGACGAUCGAGCCCCCCAACCAGCGCACGUGAAGUUGGGCGUGGUUGCGAGGCUUCGUCGAGAAGUAGGAACUGCAUCGAGUAAUAGGGUGCUUGCGAAUCUCGUGGCUGAUUUUGGCGCUAUUACCAACAAGAGUAGUGGCAGGACUAUCACCAAGGAUGGGUUUGCGUUUUUGGAGGGACUAGCUGCGAGGCUACAGGCGUUAAAUUAGAGUGCUGGAAGGGAGUACUUGCGUUUACCAGGCCCCCUUCAUUAGUGAGACUGGAGUGUUCUAGCGGAUUGUUAUGCCUCACACGCACGGCCUUGUUGCCUGAAAUCUCACACUCAUGUCUUGGAUUUUGACAAUAUAUAUAUAUACAUAGCAAUUUGCUCCUGCCCCAUAUCGCAACAUGUUAAUAUGAUUUCCGACAACUCAUGAAUGAGGCUUAUAAACGUUUGUAAAUACUUA